GCGGGCAUCACGUCAGCCUACCAGGAGAAGCCAUGCUUGAAUCCAAAGGACCCGGACUGUCCAAAAACUGCCCCGAACUUCAACGGAAGUGUGCCAGACAUCAGUGGCGAGUUCUCCAAAGGCUGCGCGGGUUUUGCCGCCAAGUACAUGGCCUGGGAGCAGGACCUCAUCUUUGGCGGGGUCAAGAAGAACAAGACUGGACACAUCGUGCGUGUGGAGGCAUUCCAGUCGAUCCUCCAGCUGAUGGCGGACAAGGACCUGUUCCAGUACUACGAGGACGACUCUAAAGUGGCCAGCAUCGAGUGGACACAGGACAAGGCCAGGGACGUGCUGGAGGCUUUUCAGAGGAAGUUCUCGCAGGUGGUGAACAACUUCGGCAACGAGUCGAACAAGGACAACCUGUACGCUUUCUCCUACACGUCUCUGAUGGACAUCAUGCGGGACUUCUCCAGCCUCAGCGUCACACGGGUCGUGCUGGGAUACGUGCUCAUGUUCGUGUACGCCUGUGUGUCGCUGCUCCGCUGGAACGACGCCGUCAACUCACAGUCGGGUAUUGGCAUGGCCGGCGUGGUCCUGGUGUCUCUGUCCGUGGCCGCGGGGCUGGGCGUAUGUUCUGUGCUGGGGAUCAGCUUCAACGCCUCUACCACGCAGAUCAUUCCGUUCUUCGCCCUGGGUCUGGGAGUGGACGACAUGUUCCUCAUCGCUCACACGUACUACGAGAACGCCGGGCACGUGCCCACGCCGGUGAGUAGCUCACCUGUCUCUGAACCCUGACCUUUGCUUUCCCACCAUUGUCUGAUGUGUGUGUGUGUGUGUGUGUGUGUGU